UUGGCAUUGUGGUGUCAGGUUUACGCUGCCCGGUUUUGGAUUGUAGCCGAAGUCGUAGAUUCUCGAUGGACCUGCUUCGAAAACUCAUUGGAGUGUUGGUGGAUGUAGACAUGAUUGGCGACGAUCUCAGAUAGGUACUUUCUGAUCAGAGAGUCUUUCAAGAUAAUCUAAAAGUCUUGAAGUUCGUAGAUCAAGAGCCGAAGCAAAGAGCAGUGAUGGUUGAAAUAAAGGUGGUAUAGAAUGAGCGAGUAGAAUUGAGGAAAUAUUGACAAAAGAAUCUAUAGUAGAAGUUGGCGUUAUUUCACAAGAAUCGUUGAGGGGGAAGUCACCUCUGGCAAGCGAAGAGCAAUAUUUAUAUAUAAGCACCUUUACAUGUAGAUACAUGCAACUUCAAGUCAAGCGAAGCUGGUUGGUGAAUGUGACAAGAUCAUCGAAAAGGGAAAGUGUACAGCUAGGUACAGCCGCUACCAAACCAGAUGUGCAUAAGGUUGUGAUCAGCCGGAAGCAACUAUGUGACAUAUCUUCAAAGGAGGGAUUUGAACGCAGUUAAUUGGUGACUGAAUGGGUGAAUGAUGCAAUACACUUGCGGCCAAACGAUAUCGUAGCUGGCAUAUCACCCAGGCUCUAAGUCUUU